AUGUUGGAAAGAUUUUCCACAUGUUCGUGCGGUCAUCUGACGACGAACGAUGUUGGAAGUGAAGGGAAAACCAUGCGGUCAUCUGACGGUGGUUUUCUCGACACAAUCAUCGAUGCUGGAAGUGUGAAGGGGAGAUCAUGCGGUCAUCUGACGGUGGUCUUCUUGACACAAUUAUCUUCUAGAGAUUUUCCACACGUUCGUGCGAGAUUUUCCACACGUUCGUGCGGUCAUCUGACGACGAACGAUAAAUUUUCCACACGUUCGUGCGGUCAUCUGACGACGAACGAUGUUGGAAGUGAAGGGAAGACCAUGCGGUCAUCUGACGGUGGUUUUCUCGACACAAUCAUCGAUGCUGGAAGU